GUUACGGUCAUUGUAUGUCCAUUAAUCUUCGCCGUCCGCUCAUGCGGCAUGGUCGACUUGAGACAAUAGACGCCGCUCACGGCUUCAUUGGCAAACGUGCCCACCAAUUGUCAUCCCUAAGUUUUUAGCUAUUCCUUAUACAGAUGAUACUCGUUACUCGACUCGCCUAGCAGCGAUACUGAGCGGCGAUAUUGUUGGCCCGUUUGCUUAGACUAAUAACAACCAAAAAAAUAGUAAUGCCGUUUCAGUAAUUUAGUUACGCACCGCGCACGGAUAUCUACCAUGGCGGCAUAGGUUGGGGAACUCUACUUUCAAAUCGUGCGGAAACUGGCGAGCACUAGGUAUUGUCUUCGUACUGGGCAGACCCCUGUGUUUGCCCUCAUGACUUGACCGGACAAGAAGCGACUAGAAUGUCGAGACCAGUGGUGUCAAGAUACGUUCCACAAGUUCCAGACGGCUGGGUAAAAUGCCCUCGUUUUGGCGAUCCUCGCUUCUUUGAGGGACUCAACAUCAUUCCAUGCAAGGUGCCGCUCAGUCGCAGGUUCGACCAGCAGGUGGGCCCAUCUGGACGAUGGACGCUUGCGGACGCCAUCAAACAAUUCCGGGGCUAUGGCAUGGAGGUGGCGACUGUGAUCGACCUGACCAAGAGCCGCAACUACUACGACUUUGGGCUGGAGAUGGAGGAGCUGGGCUGCCCGCCCAUCAGCUACUUCAAGAUCGAGUGUCGGGGUCGCGGCGAGGCGCCUCAGCCCUCCGAGGUGAACGAGGCGGUGUGGCACAUCUUCACGCACCUGUCCGACCCGCUGUGCCGGGACAAGUACAUCCUGCUGCACUGCACGCAUGGAUUUAACAGAACGGGCUACGUGAUCGUGUCGGCGCUGGUGCGGCUGUGUCGCGACCGCGGCAUGAGCGUGCGGCGGGCGCUGCAGCGGUUCGCGGAGUCCCGCCCGCCCGGCAUCUACAAGGACCACUACAUCAACGACCUGUGCAAGUACUACCACGAGACCAGGGACCCCCGCAUCAUCACCCCGCGUGUGCCCGCUUGGAAGGGCAACGAUGACGCGGAGGACGCAGCGGAUGCGGCCAACGAGGAGGCGGGGGCGGAGGGGGAGGGGGAGCAGGCCGCCCCCUCCCGACCCGAGGUGCACCACGAGGACAUCUGGUCCAUCGGGGAGCGGGUGUGUGCGGCGGAGGCGGAGUUCGUACAGCGGCAGGUGUGCCUGGUGCUGCCUUUCGACGGCGGCCGAGGCGGCCACCCGCACCACCCGCAGCAGCUGCGCUUCCCGGGCAUGCAGCCGGUGUCUCUGUCGCUGGACCGCAUGCGGGACCUGGUGGACAGGCGCUACCACGUGACCUGGAAGGCCGACGGCACCCGCUACAUGGUGUUCAUCCUGCCGCAGGGAACCUACGUCAUGGACCGCUCCUUCAACGUGGUGCGAUGCGAGAUGAGGUUCCCAUGCGGCACCCGGCGCCCCCCCGCCGGCCAGCGCGCCAUGUACCCUGUUGGCAAGCCGCACGCGUGCACGCUGCUGGACGGGGAGAUGGUGCUGGAUGUGGACCCCGAGGGGCGCCAGCCGCCGCGGCUGAGGUACCUCAUCUACGACGUGGUCAUGAUUAACAGCACGCCGCUGCUGGAGAAGCCGUGGAAGGAGCGCUACCGCGCCAUUCCCACCGACAUCACCAACCCGCGCGACGCGGAGCGCAAGUACAUCGAGAACUGGCGCCACCGGCCCUUCGACCCGGCGCGCGCAGAGUACGGCACACCCCCUCUGUCGUACGACUACUCCGCGGAGCCCUUCAGUGUACGGCAGAAGCCCUUUUGGCCGGUGUGGCAGAUUGAAAAGGUGUUUGAGCGGUUUCAUGACCCGCACAAGGUCGGGCACGAGAGCGACGGACUCAUCCUGCAGGGCUACGAGGACGCCUACGUUGCGGGCACCUGCGAGCAGCUGUACAAGUGGAAGUUCGCGCACAUGAACAGUGUGGACUUCCUGCUGCAGUGCGCCACGGUGCCGGCAGCAGGCGGGGGAGCGGAGGGGGGCCGGGUGCUGGACCCCUCCUCCCCCGAGCCGCUGCAGCUGCUGCUGCUGGAUCAGGCCAAGUCGCGGGGCGGGCGGAGGGCGUUCGUGCCGCUGAAGAACGUGGACCGGGAGGGCCACUACCGAGUGGAGUUCCCGCCCGAUGUGGACCCGCUGACCUACGAGGGGCGGCUGGUGGAGUGCACCUUCGACCGCGGGCGGGGCGUGUGGCUGUUCAUGCGGGAGCGCAAGGACAAGGACACGCCCAACGGGGACCGGGUGUAUCACAGGAUCAAGGAGUCCAUCAUCAACCACGUGGACCAGGAGCUGCUGGUGGGCACCCUCAAGCAGGCGCUGCUCGCACAGCCCUGCUACGCAAACGACCGGGCGCUGCUCACACCGCAGCAGCUGGAGCAGCUGAGGAGGGAGGUGGAGGCGUGGCAGCGGAACAUGCGGGAACGGGAGGAGCAGGAGGCCGCAGCCAAGCUGGCGGCCGAGCGCGCCAACCGGGGCAGGGGCGGCGGUGGAGGUGCCUCUGGGGGCCGAGGGGCCGUACACGAUGAGCAUGACGGCGGCGGCAGCCCCGGCGGUGGCGGAGGCGGCUUUGACGACUUUGAUGGCUACGAUGAAGCGGGUGCUGGCGGAGGCGGGGCGUACGGCGGCGGCACAUACCGGGUCUCGAAUGCCGUACAUUCUGGGGAUGGUGACGAGGAG